AAAGGCUAAAAUAAAACAAAAGAAGGAUGAGGACUUUCCUCAGUUGCUUUAUGUGAAAACAAAUCACUGCCCAUGUUAAGGACAGUCUACUGUGGGAGGGUGAACAAGCAGAAAACGUAAUCAGACAAAAAGCUCACACAAACAUGUUGAUUCAGGCUCAUCACAUGGUUUGUAUGUCAAUCCAUCAGGUUUGAAGAGGUGGAGCUCCAGUAGUUGUCUCAAAUGAGUUAGUGAGUCAGCCCUCUGUUUGCAUGUGUAGCUCUGUUGUUGGUCUAUAAACAAAGAAGAUAAAAACUCAGGAGAGACACGCUGAGUCAUGCAUGUCGUCCUGCAGGGUAGAAUCUGACUGCCAAAUUCAAGUUCCCUUCAUUUGCAUUAUGGGAACCAAGGCGCAUUAUUGUGUGAUAUUGGACGGUGCUGUGACAGUUCAGAGGUGGAAGCUGCCUGAUCUAGUGAGGUGUGUGUGUCCGUGUGUGUCUGUGCGCAGGGGAGCUGCCUGAGGAGACGUGUGUUUAUUCAGUCUUUAAGGUGGGGCGUUCUCCCCAGGUGCGCAGGUACAGGAUGAAGCAUCCUCCCGUUAUUCACGCGUCAAGAGGCUCAGCUCUCCACGUCUUCGCCAUGGACCUGAUCCGGUACGUGGGCAGCUGCGUGCCUUCCUUCUUGAUGGCCAUCGUUUUCGACGUCAUCGGCCUUGUUGUGCUUUUCGUUGGGAUAUUUGCCAACGUGAGCCUCGGCGGCCGCUUCUAUGGCGACUUCUUGAUCUACACGGGCUCCCUGGUGAUAUUCUUCAGCCUGGGCUUCUGGGUCAUGUGGUACGUGGGCAACGUGCAGGUGCCCGGGGACUACGGCGGCUGGGACAAGAGGAACAGCGUCGUGGAGCGGCUGGCGAGUAAGAUCUCCAAGAGGAUGAGCCAGAAAUCGAGACACGUGAAGUGCGUGGAGGACGCAGACUCCGAGAGCCAGGUGGGGCCGACCUCUCCGCGCAAAGCCAGCAGGGUGACCUGGGGCAAAAACUCAGCCUACCACAACGAAGGCUAUGAUGACUCGCUGGAGUCCUCCACUUUCGAGAAUAAACAGGAGGAAAAAGGAGAAGAAGAGGGAGAAGUAGAAAAAGAACCAACAGAGGAAGAAGUAGAAAAAGGACAAGACGGGGAAGAAGGAGAAAAAGGAGAAGAACAGGAGAUCUGAGCCGCUGCCUCUCUGAAUAAGUAGCUUCAUUUCAAAUUGUGCCAGUUUUCUGGUCAUAUAUAUAUUAAAACAUACAGCUGCAGCCCUUCACAGCCUUAGACAACCAUCUUUACAUGUUUCAGUCAAAACAAGAAGUUUAGUCUGACUGACAUGUCUAUUUCGGCAGGCCCGGAUACAAGAAUUAUCCAAAUCCCAGGUAGCAGGCAGCAUCCUGGGGCCCCAGAGUCAUAAAAGCCCCCAAAGUGUCAAGGUUUGUGUAGCGGCUAUUAGUUUGUGGUUAUUUAGUUUAUUUAUUUUCCACUUCAGCACUUUAGAAUCUCAAAGAACCUUGAGGCACCACCUGUAUUUACGUUUUAUAGAAGGGUCUCAAGUUAGAAUCAAGUUUUAGGUCAUUUAUCAUUUCAGUUUUGAGCUUGUUAGUAUAAUGUACGUGUAUUUAGACAAGUUAAGUCAGUGAACUGACAUCUAAAUGGUAACUGUGGGAGGGGGGGGGUCUCAUUUGGUUAGCACGGCCCAUGAGACAGAGUCUAAAAGACAUUAGCUUAGUUUAAACUCCCCCUAAGCUCCUAAAAAAUUGUUUGCUGCUGGCUGUUAAACGUACUGGACAAAUGGUCCUGUCCACAGAUUCCUCCAUUACUUAAACUUCAAUUUAUUUAUUCUUUUUCACAAAGGCUUUGUCGCAUCUGAAAAAAAUGCAUGUGACAUACCUUACACAAGUUGUAGCUGCAACCAGAAAGAGGGAGGUAGAGUUGUGCAAACACACACAUACUGGUCAGACUGGUUUGUCUCUCGUUGUUGGUUAAACAAACCGGGAACUCCUCAGCAGAGGAUCUCAUGUGACCUGGGAACAUGUGUAUCUUAUGGACUGUUUUGACGUAUUUCCAUAUGUUUAGAUGCUUAGAUUCAUGGCGCACCCUAUGCAAAAUGUCAGCUCUGCCAUGUGAAAUGGCCAUUCACAAAUAAAGCCACAGCCACGACUGAGGGGAGAGCUUCACAGUAAUUUAUCUGUGCUGUGUACACCUGCUGUAACUACAGGCAUUCAGGACAGGGGAAGCGGAGACAGAUUGCAGCAGCAGGACUGGUCAAAUAAGGGAAGUUUCCAUUACGUAUAUUUCCUCUUUUUGCAGGCAAGUCCCUCCACAGUAGGCAGGGUUAUUGUAGUGAUGCAUGGGCCACGGAUUGCUUAUGUUUAGUGAAGGCUCAGUGCAGUGUAUCCACCCUGUGAAGUUAAAUAUCACGGGUAAACAUACACUUGGGUAAAUCGAUGGGAGUGAUGUCAAGAGGAGGCUUUGAAACAUCUGAUAAAAGAUGAAACACACUGAUGCAGUGCUGGAAUCACUUAAUUUUCAUUAGCUGAAUAAAAUAAUCCAAGGGUUAGGGGUUGGGGGAAGAUGGCAAAUUAAUUAUAUCAAGCUUAUAACUGUGUAAAGACAACCUCGAUGGCUGUUGAUUAUGAAAUAUACGUGCAUAAAUCUGUCACACAGGUUUCAGACAGCGGCCUGAUGUGUCACAUCAAUGACAUGAAAGGGGCCAAACAGGUCAGGCCUGUAUAGGAAUGAAGACGGACUGUGAGUUUCUCAGCUGUUGUAAAGAGCAUCACAACCUUUUGUUGUGCCUGGAGACCUGACUUGCCACUGAACUAUGAUAGAAAUGCAAAGGUGUGCUGCUGGUUAAAGGAAAUGAUCCACAGGACAAGAAAAUCACUUCUACACAGAGACUCACUCCUGUCAGACCUUGAGACGACAGCCACUCGUCCUUUUUCUCUCGCUCGGCUGCGGCGAUGGAGCAGAGGGGGUGCGUCAAGUUCUUCAUAGCGCUGGCUUUGUUUCUGGACAUCGUCGGCCUCAUCCUCUUCUUCAUUGGGAUCUUUGCACCGUUGAGUUUCUGGGACUUUUUCGUGCUGUCCGGGCCCCUGCUGAUCUUCUUAAGCCUGAUCCCGUGGAUAUUCUGGUACACGGGGCAGCUCACCGUGUCCGAGGAGGAACUCAACCUGAUCAAACACGACAUACUGUGACCGAAGCGUGACAGGAGUCGGGGCCGAGCGGAAGAGACCGGACUCCUUCAAACGUGAGGAUGAGGAGGGAAGCUGGCAGGCGGGACUGAAGCACGCGGGUAUUCGUCUCUGGCUCUCUGAACCCCGGGAGGUUUCGCCUCAGUGGAGGAUAUGAGAUAACUUCAAAUCCAAACACAACCUGGAACACAUUUGAAUAAUCCGAGCAGAUAAAGAAAACUUUAUUCCACACUUUGACUUCAGGGUAAAAACAACUCGCCAUGUUGAGUGUGGACAGCAGUGUUACAGUGGAAAAUGUGUUUCUCAGCACUUUUGGCCGGAGGAGGAAGCUUUUUAAAGAUGGCACCAUGAUGACACUGUUUGCCUUAUUUAUGUGCUUGUUGUCAUCUUUGUACUGUCAGAAAUGAUAUUUAUGUUUGAACGUGUCUCUUGUUCCUGAAGGAUGGAUAAACUUGUGAAAUAUCUGACUAAAUAUGGUUUCAAACGACUGUUGUUGUGUUCUUUGUGGGGCUGCACCUCAUUAGAAAAAGUAGCCAAACAGGCAGUGUGGGUUUUGGCCCUGUUUUUUUCUUGUAAGAUCCACGCAGCGCAGAGACUGACAACGAAACAAACACAUACACUAAAGUAGUGAGCUCAGCAGAAAGCUGAAAAGCCCUGUAUGUGCAGAAGGGUCUGGCCAAUUAGCAGUUCUCCCUUAGAAAGGUUUGGGAUUUGGGCUUUGGUUUGUUCACCACAACAUCCAGUGAAGAGAGUGAAACUAAUACUCCUCCACGCCUGAAUCUUCCCAGCCGUAAUCAGCACUUAAGGCAGCAUUAGCUCCCUCAGACAUGGAGAGUGUUAUUAAUGUGUGCAUUUGGUUCCUGCCCCUGAGGAGAAGGAGGAAAUGGAGAGGCGUAAUGUGUCUCUCUCUCCCUGCAAAGAGAUGGAAACCCUGCUGCUUGGAGCCUUCUCCACCCCCAUGGGACACCGCCCUCCCUCCCUGUUAUACUGAAAUCCACAAGUUGACUUGGUGGUACAUGUCAUUAUGAUCUCUAAUCACAACAGUCCCUCAUGUGAAAUACUCAUAUUAUCAGAUGUUUUAUUUUGGCAGAUCCAUCCUGACUUACUCUUAAUCUAAUAAAACUUGAAGCUUCCUAAAGCCUACUCUUCCGUGGGCGACAGUGCAAAAAAGAUAUUAGGGUUGUAAAUCCCUGUCAUGUGGUUUGGAAGAGCUUCGAUUAAUAGUUGAUUCCCAUAAACUGUGCCACAGAGGUCGCUGCUCUUCCUGGAACUAAUAGACUCGACUAUCACCAGUGGAGGAAUAAGAGGUCACCACAAGACAAACACACAGAAAGUACAAUAAGUUGCGUAGAUAAAGUAAAUCUUUAAAUGUCUCUUUCAGAUCUGUGCUCUAUUAAAUCAUCUGUAUAUGUACUAUCAGCCGAGAUGUGUAGAAUCAAA